UUAAAAUCAUUUAUCCAUUUGCAGAUCGUUGGCAUCCUUCUGAUCGUGCUGGGCUCGAUCAUGUUGUCCGAUCUCAAUCACUUUGAUAGUGCCGGCGAUGGAACGAACACCAACACCAUCCCCAUUUGCGUCACAGUUUUGGGAUGCCUGAUCUUCGUGGUGUCCUUCUUCGGAUGCUUUGGCAUUUUCAAGCAGAGUGCCUGCAUGACGGGAGCGUACACGAGCAUGGUAUUCGUCCUCUUUAUCCUGCAACUGGUGCUCACCUGCUGGGUGUUCGUGAACCGUAAUGCAUUCCUGGGGGACAUGAGCAAUUUGGUAACGCUGCUCUGGAACUCCAAAGACUAUAAUGCAAUGGGCGUGCUGGAGGAAACCUUCGGCUGCUGCGGCAACACCGGCUAUGCCAACUAUAAUGCCAACAAUAUCGCGGUUCCCGGAACCUGUUGCGGCUACUUGGAUCGCCAGCAAACGUGCAACAACCCUUCGGUCUACCAAUCGAGACCCGGCUGCAACUUCAAGUUCGAGCAGUUUUGGGACGACAACAUGGACAUCAUCCGCUGGUCCGGCCUGGGCCUCUGCAUUUUCGACUUGAUCGUCUUCCUGAUCGCCGGCGCCUUGACCAACUGUAUGCGCAACCAGAACGCCGGCCGACAGGGUUAUGCCUAGUCUUCGAGUAAUUUUGCUAAAUAAAUUAUUCCUAACCACAAAAUAAUUACAUUAACACAGUAGCAUGCCAAAUAUAUUUAUUAUUACUCCAA